AUGCCAGGUACACCACCUUUUACUCUUUUUGGUGGCGCUUCUUUUGGAGAAGGUCUUCUUGCAACAGCAGAAGAUAUUCAGCAGCUACUGGCUCUUUUGGUCACUUUGAACAUUGGUCACAUCGAUACUGCAGCCAUCUACCCUCUUAGCUCGCAGGGAAAGUCGGAACAGCUUCUUGGUGAAAACUAUGCCGAUCAUAGCUUUGCUAUCGAUACUGAGAUCAAGCUUGCGGAUUUCUCCGGUAAAGGCUCAUUGACAGCAUCGGCAAUUAAUGAAAGUGUCACGGAAAGUUUGUCUCGUAUUAAGACAAAGCUUGGAAUAUCCAACUUCUCUGUCGCACAAGUCCAAGAGCUUCUUGAAGUAUGUGAAAAAGAAGGCUACGCCAAGCCUAGUUACUACCAAGGACAAUACAAUGCGCUUUGCCGUGAAGCAGAAAUGCAACUUCUUCCGAUCUCACGCCAGCAAAAGAUAUCAUAUAUUACUCAUAGUCCGCUUGCAGGAGGGUUCUUGACAGGAAUAUUCACAUUGGGCACAGACGUCACUGGAACUAAAUUCGAGGAUGGUAAUUCAAAGGGAGACUUCUUUAAGAGAAGGUAUGACAAUGAACAUACACACUCAGCUAUGAAAGAAUUCAUUACCCUACUCCAGCCCUACGAUAUCACUCCCUCAGAAGCGGCCCUGAGAUGGAUUUACUACCAUUCACCUCUCCAAGAAGAUGAUGGUGUGAUACUAGGAGCUAGCAAACCAGUGCAAAUUUCUCUUAACGCUGCUGAUAUUGCAAAGGGGCCUCUACCUUCGGACGUGGCCGAGGCCAUGGAGAGAAUGUGGACGAACAUUCAGGCACACAUGUAG